CAACAUGACACACUCUCUCUCUCUCUCCCCUGAUGUUUGUUUGUAGGGUUGCAAUCAUCCUGUCAUCCUAUACAUUCCUUCCUUCAUCCUAGAGUGAUACAUGCAAACCACAUCCCCAGUUUUCUUGCAAUAUACGUAAGGCAUAUUUUUGCAUCACAAGAAGGUAUAGUUAUAUUUUCCAAGCUUUGCGAGAACAUUUAAGCUCAGAAAGGGAAAGAUCUUCAGAUUUGAUAGAAGUUUGUGUGUUGAAUGAUGUAUGUGUAUCUUUGCAUCAGCAUAAUAGGAUAUAGUUAUGUUUCCUAAAAUUUUCCUAGAAUAUUUAGGUUUUCAUGAUUAAAUUUCUCAUUGCUCUGAAAGGGAAAUGAUAUUCAGAUUUGAUACAAGUUUAUGGGUCACUGUGUUGAAAUCAGAAGUAAUUAGCCUUCAUAUAUUUUCAGAGCUAAAUUCAAGUGUGUCAGUGUUCCUCAGAAGAAGUUAGUUGUCUCAGUGGGGAGUUAGUUAGGUGGCAAGAAGUGAAGUUUUAAAGAGGUUAUAACCAUUAGUGAUCAGCUUUCAUAUAUUUUCAGAACUGAAUUAAAUUAUAUGAAUGUUUCUUAGGAGUACCUGGUUGUCUCAGUGAGGAUUUAAUUAGGUGCCAAGAAGCGGUCAAAUUUAAAGAGAUUAUAAUCAUGAGUAUUUGGCUCUCAUAUAUUUUCAGUGGUAAAUUCAAAUGUAUCAGUGUUCCUUAGGAUCAAUUGUCUUGGGAGUUAGUUAGGUGGCUACAAAAGUGAUGGAGCUCUAGAAAUUAUAACCAUAUAUUCUUGUGCUGCAGCAAAAGAGUACAGUAGCUGGAAGUGAUAUAUUUGUGUCUGAAGACCUGUUACCUAAUUAUUAACACAUGUACACACUUUGUCCCUGCAAUACUUAGUGUGAAUGACUCUGUUCACUCACUCCCUCCUUGCAAUGAACCAAAACCAGACUAACAAAAUUGAUGCAACUCUGAAUUAUAAUCUUACAUUACUAAAAUAUUUCACAGUCAAAGAAAAUAAGGGAGGUUUCUUAGUACAUAUAACUCUUUUCACUCACUCCUUUCUUAAUGACAGACUGAAACCAGACUAGAAAUAACAGAGGAAGUGAUGAAAUUUAUGCAACCUUGAAUUACAAACUGUGUUGCUAAAAUUACUGAGAUAUUUCCCACAUAGAAAAUUACGAAGUGAACAGUCUUAUGGGAUUUUUUGUUUUAUACAUAUUACUAAAAAUACCAGGAUGAGUAACAAAAUUCAUGCAACUUUAAAUAUCAUUAUCCAUGUUACUAAAACUAUUAAGAUGUUUCACAGGUGGAGAAAAUUUGGAAGUGACAAAUUUUAUUGAAGAGAGAAAGGAGAGAAAUCAGUGAAGUAUUUAUGGAAGUGCAAUUAUAAUCUCUAAAGUGAAGUGAUGUAAAGGUGUUUUUGACAUAUCACACCUGGUGCAGACUUUUUUGUUUUCAUUAUUUUUGUCUGUCUGUCUAUCUGUCCAUGUCCCUCUGUCUGUUUGUCUGUGACUUUGUCUCUCUACCUGUUUGUCUGUGUCCCAAAUCUUUUUGUCUGUUUGCCUGCUCCCCCCUCUCUCUCUCUCUCUCUCUCUCUCUCUCUCUCUCUCUCUCUCUCUCUCUCUCUCUCUCUCUCUCUCUCUCUCUCUCUCUCUCUCUCUCUCUCUCUCUCUCUCUCUCUCUCUCUCUCUCUCUCUCUCUCUCUCUCUCUCUCUCUCUCUCUCUCUCUCUCUCUCUCUCUCUCUCUCUCUCUCUCUCUCUCUCUCUCUCUCUCUCUCUCUCUCUCUCUCUCUCUCUCUCUCCCUCCCUCCUCAUCAAUACUUCCAUGUAGCUCAUAUAUGUAUAAUAAAUUUGUAAGUCAGUUCUGUUUAUACAUACCAUACAAGAGAAGAUUUUUUUUUUCACCAUACAAGAAACUGCAAAAAGUUACAUACAACUUCAUACAUUAGUUAGUAAAACACUGUAUUCUUGACAAACAAGACAUGCUAAAAAUUUGAAUAUAAGUUUAUGUACACACUUUUGUUAAAAAUUUGAAUAUAAAUUUAUGUACACACUUUCCUCCUGUUUCACUGUAUACUGUAGCCCACUAAAUAUGUCCAGUAUCUACCUGUUUGAUGGAAUUGGGCAUAAAGUUAAAGUACAGUCCAUUUUUAUUUGAUUUAUUUUAUCAUGAGAUUAAUAAUUCUUGCUAAUUCUUGGCCUGCUAGUUGGCUGCAGUUUAACCCUUUCACUGCUACACAAAUUUUCUUUUAUUCACCUUAACCUUUCUAGAGACAUUAUUUUUUGUCUGCUACAGUCUCUUCAAUUAUUCUGUAGCCAGGAAAACACACAAUAAAAAAAAAUUUUAAUCUCUAUUCUCUCCAUAUCUUACAUUGCUGUGAAUGCUAACAAAUCACAAAAUGAACUAACCAUUCUCAAUUAUUCUUUUCUCUUCUAUUAUUCUUUAGCGGGGAAAACACAAAAUUAACUGAUUUUUCUCUAUUCCUUGUCUGUAUGUCCAAACAUUUUAAGAAACCACAAAACUAACUGACCAUUCAUUUAUUCUUUUCCUUCCUCUGUAUCCAAACAAAUAUUUAUUACAAUACUGAUGCUAACUAGACACAAAAUUAACUGUUCUCUGUUCUAUGUCAGUGUGUCCAAACAUUUCCUACAGUGUUGUGGAUGUUGACAGAGGAAGACCUUAGCAGUGAGGGGGUUAAAGGGAUGCUGUGAAUGUUGUGUUGCAAGCGAGGAUCAAGACAAUACAGUAUUUCCAGGUAGUGUCACGUGGCUCAUGUGCCUUUCAGUGGAGAGUUGGCAGGAGGGAACCCACAUAGCAUUCUCAUUUUGCAGGAACCAUCAAGGGUUUUCUGUAUUACCCCAAAAAAUAUUACAAAAAAAAAUAAAAGAAUAUUUACAAGGAAGCCAGAGUUUCAUGUUUUUAAGUCAUAAUGCUUAUGAUGACUUGUUUAUUUCUACUUUACAUGAAGCAUGAAGUUUUUUUUUUUUUUUUUUGUAUUGCUUCUACCCCCAAAAUAUCAUAGAAAAAUCAAGGAAAUAUUUACAAGCCAAAUUUUCAUAUUUUUAGGUUCUAUUGCUUCAAAUAUGCUUAUUGAUUAUUAUUUUGUGGGGAAAAAUUUUAUUUUCUGUAUUGCCUUUAUCCCCACCAAUAAUACCACAGAGAAACAAAGGAAGUAUUUACAAGGAAGCCAGAUUUCCAUGUUUAUUUGAGUUCAGGUAUUGUUCUCAUAUGAUUAUUGUUUAUUAUUAUUAUUAUAUGGAGUUUAUUUGGUGUUCAGCAUUACCAUGGAAAAAUGAAAUAGAUGAUAGUAAGAUAAGAACCAAUUACUCAAACUUUAAUCCUUAUUUAUUGUAUCUAUUUAUAUAUUAUUAUUAUUUUAUGGUGAUUAUGUCUUAGAUUAUUGUAGUUUCUUAACUUCCAUAUUCUUUCUUUUCUCCUCUGGCUUCUUUUCAUAUUCUUCUUCACAUUUCUUCUCUCUUCUUUCUUCCUCUUAUUUUGGUAAUAUCUUGGAUUAUCAUAUUUUCUCCAUUUCUCUCUCCCAUGUUCCUUUUUUCUUCUCUUGGUUCUUCUUUUCAUAUUCUUGCUGUUCACAUUUCUUCUCUUAAUCUCUUUUCUUCCUUCUUUUCUCCUUUAUUUACAUUUCAUCUCUCCUGUUUUCUCUCACUUCAUAUUCUCAUUAUAUAUUUAUCAAUCUCCAUUCCACUUAACCUGACAGAAAAGUCCCAUCUCUUCCUCUGUCCUGAUUGGUUAAUUUGGUAUAUUAGACCUGCCCAUCUCCCCAUAGCUACUUUUCUAUUAGCUGUCAGUUUGAGGGGAGAAAGCAUAAUGAUAAGCAAUUGGUGGAUGAAGGAAGGAGGUGUGGCUGAGUCAGUUUAAUGUGAGUGGAUUGUGAUAAGAUAUUAAUUUAUUCAGUAUUAUUAGAGUGAAAAAGAUUGUGUAUAUUUGGUUCUGUUUUUUUUUUUUUUUUUCAUCUCACACACACACACACACACACACACACACACACACACACACACACACACACACACACUAGUACUUGCUUAAUUCAUUAUCUUUUAUACCUGGUGAUGAUCUAAUGUAUUAAUGAUUUUUCUGAGUGUUUGUGAGAUAAAAUAAGUGUGUGUGUGUGUGUGUGUGUGUGUGUGUGUGUGUGUAUUAUCUUUCCUUAGUAUUCUUUUUUUUUUCCCUAGUGAGAUGGUGUGUGUGUGUGUGUGUGUGUGUGUGUGUGUGUGUGUGUGUGUGUGUGUGUGUGUGAUAUCUUCCCCAAGUUUUUUAUUUUUUCCUUUAUUUACUUCUUGCUAGUGAGAUGAAACAAAUUGUCUGUUUUCUGAAUGGCAUCCUGAAAAAAAGUUCUUAUUUUAAUUAUAGAUGUGUUUGAAAAGUUAUCUGUCUCUGUUAUACUUUAAUAUUUAUUCUCUCUCUCUCUCUCUCUCUCUCUCUCUCUCUCUCUCUCUCUCUCUCUCUCUCUCUCUCUCUCUCUCUCUCCCAAAGGUGACGAGUUGGUAAAAAUAUUUUCCGUGAUAUGCAAAACUGAUGUGAUUUUAAGGUUAUAUAAUUGUCAUAAUGAUUAUAUUGUAAACAUACACACAUACUUCAUGAAUUACAUAUGCCAUCACAUACGUAAACAUAACAUUACAUCCGUGUCCUGUAAAAUACUAACUAUAUCUUUCUAUUCUACAUACAUACAAGACUUAUUUAUCAAUUCAUCUCUCGGCAAUCGACUGAAGAUUAUUGUAAAUGAAUUAUAAAAAAAGUUGAAUGGACCAUAAUCCCCUGCCCCCUCUUUUCCUCUUCCCUUCCCCCUCCCCCUUUUCUCCAAACAAGUUUCUAUCUUAUGAAAAAUAAAGUUAAAUGUAUACCAUGGAUUAUUUAUUUUUUUGCAUUUCUUAUAUCAUUCCUUUGAAAACUGAAGGGUCUACUAAGUUAGGUUAGGCCUAGGUUACAUUAGGGAAGUAACAGUCGAGGAUUAGUAGUACCAAUGACGAAAAUGGCAACAGUAGUAGCAUCGUGAUGGUAGUAAUUUUAGCGAUGCACUUUAAGAUGAUGGGCAUAACUGGAAUAGACUCAACCAUCAGUAGUAGUAGUAGUAGUAGUCGUAGUUGUAGAUGACUGUAGUAGACUCAGUAAUCACGCUGUCAAUACAGACUCAACAAAGAAAUUUAUCCUAUAACAAAUCUACAGUUACAUUAUGCAGGGAUUGCCACGUGUAGCUUUACAGUCUUAAUGGCUUCAAUAUAAACAAGUUUGCUUCAGUAACUGCUCCAGCUAAAGAUAAACGAAGCUUUAGAAACAGUAACACCCUGAUCAUUGUUUCGACUAGAGUGAAUGAAGCUUUUGAAUCAGAGAGAGAGAGAGAGAGAGAGAGAGUAGCAAUACCAGUCAGUGUUUAACUCUUACGCUGUUCUAGUUAACCUUUAGCAGGACAGGGAGAGAAAAUAGAGAGAGAAGAAAAAGGAAGAAUACUAAGUUAAUUGUAACUCUCCUAGGCAAGAUAAGAAGUUACAGAUAAUCAAUGAAAAACAAAGUCUGGCACUGUCUUAGCGUGAGGAGUGUGAUGGUCUGACUAACUUUCGGUCAGUUAUCUCCCCAGGUUUGCAAGACGGUGAUCAGAGCCACUAGUGACAGCCAGGACGGAGACACGACAAGCGGGAGAAGAAAGGCGAACUCAACCAAACCAUACAUCCCCAAGAGAUCCUCAGAUGUAUACCUUCCCGUGAGAACCCCUGCUGGUUUUGCCUCCCUAGAAGUGUUUCCUGAGGGAGAGGCGCCCCACCAAGCCUCUACAGCCACCUACACCUCUUCCCCGCCUCCUCAGCCUCAUUCAGUCGAUACUCAAGCACUGGGAGGCGUGGGAUAAUGAAAUAAAGCGAGAAAGAAAUGAGUUUUGAAGGACAGUGAGAAUUAAGGAGAAAAGCAGAACAGGAAGAAGAAAAAGAAGAAGAUGAAGAAGAAGAAGAAGAAAAAGAAAGACAAGAACAAGAACAAGAAUAAGAUCAGGAACAAGGAAAAAAAAGAAUUAUAGAAACAGAAAGAAAAAAGAAAAACAUACAACAACAACAACAACAACAGGAGCAGCAGUAACAAGAAGGGGCCUGAAUUAAUGAAACCAUAACUCCAUCACACGCACAAAAAACAGUUCCCAGACAAAUUACUUCUCACUAAAUUCCCAGACGCACCCAAAGCACUUCCAUGAAUCACUCAAAACACGCGAGAUCAGAGACGCAGAGAAGUAGGCGUGGCUAAAUGACAUCACAACACUUCUGAACCAAUCACGUACCUUCCCUGCUAGUCCCAGUAGCCAAUAGCACACCAGCAGACCUGUCAUUGGCUGGGAGUGGGGCUGGGAGGGGAGACAGGGCGGCGAGAUGAGAGACAAAUGACAUCUGUUUAGCGGUGGUAUAUUCCUGCGAUACAAGAGGGUGUUGUUUCAGACCUAGAGUGACAAGUGUAGGAGGCAGUGGGUGGUGACUGACACGGAACUGAGAACACACCUCGACACCUCCUGAACUGCUACUGCUGCGCUGGUUUCCCGACGUCUCUUGGCCCCGAGAGGUUGAGAGGUGGUGGACGCUUAGUAACUCUCUCUCUCACCUUCCUGAGAAAAACCGCACUUUAGCUGAGCUUUUUUGUGCGCUCUUUAUAACUCCUUGUAGCUGACGAGGUGGAGAGAGACACGUGUGCUGGGAAGGAAAACAAUAACAAGGGCGCUUGACUUAUAGAAACACACGAGGAAAGAGAAAUAAACGGAAAAAAACAAUUGGAUACAACAUACGAGAAAAAAGACGGUAAACAGUAAGGAAAAGAAAAAUACUGAAAAAACAACAAACUACAUAAAUAAAAAUAACUUGAAAAAGAAAAAAAAAACAUCUAAUGACAGUGAGCGAAAAAACAGAAAUUUAAGUCACAGAAACAAAAAUCUUACGGAACUUUCUCUGUUUUCCCUUCCUCGCUUCACCUCCAAGAUGCUGAAGACGGAGAGCCUGUACAAGUUGCUUCUGAACAGCGGCUGCAGCACCAAGGUGAAGAACGAGAGCCUGCAACACCAUCUCCAGCAGCAGCAGCAACAACAGCUAGGAGGUGGCGUGGUGGUGGAGCCGCAGGUCACCUUGGAGGACAGGGACUUGUGGAACAGAUUUCAAGCACUGACGAAUGAAAUGAUUGUCACCAAAACUGGAAGACGCAUGUUCCCCGUGGUGAAGGUGUCAGUGCGCGGCCUGGACCCUGAGGCGAUGUAUUCCCUCGUGCUGGAGUUUGUGCAAAUUGAUAAUCACAGGUGGAAGUACGUGAACGGGGAGUGGGCGCCCGGGGGCAAGCCAGAGCCCCCUCAGUCCCCCGUGUAUCUGCACUGCGACUCUCCUAACUUCGGCAAGCACUGGAUGAGGGAACCAGUCAGCUUUGCCCGCGUCAAACUCACCAACAAGACGAGUGCCACGGGACAGCAAAUCAUGCUCAACAGUCUCCACAAAUACGAACCGAGAAUCCACGUGAUGCAGGUGGCGGGGGAGCAGCGGGUUCUGUCCUCCCACACCUUCCCAGAGUGUCAGUUCAUCGCAGUCACCGCCUACCAGAAUGAGGAGGUGACAGCGCUCAAGAUCAAGCACAACCCCUUCGCCAAGGCCUUUCUGGAUUCCAAGGAGAGGCCGGAUCACCACCACCACCACCAUCACGCCCACCACCACCACCACCCUCACCCGCCCCACCCACGUGACCUCAUGGCCUCCUAUCCUCCACACCCAACAAUGUAA